CUGUCAGGUGGUGAGAGGACUGCUGGAUAUCUGAGCCUGGAGGUUUAACUAGAGGGCUCCUCUUAAACUCUUUGGAUAAUUUUCUUCUUUUUUUUAACUUUCAGAUCAUUUUAUUUUUUUAUUAUUUAAUGUUGGUGUUUUGGACAUAAUUGAACUUUAAUCUGAAGAUAUAGACUUGCUGCUUCCACCACACGCUUUUGAGGAGUUAAAAACAACCGUUGAAGGACCGUUUUAUCACAGACGUUUAUUCUGUGUGUUGUUGUUGUUGUUGUUGUUGUUGUUUGUGAGACACCCAUCUUUGGAUAAACUGCGUGAUCAUGGCAGACUUCCCAUCCAAGGUUACAACAGAAACUGGCACCCCCAACUCCCAGAGCUCCCAGCAGGGGGGCAACAGCCUCCAGAGGCUGGGUGCUAACAUCUCCAACAGGGUGGACACGUCCUUUAUCCGGAGCGUCCCGGCCAUCCUCAUGUUGGCCGAAAUAAUUCUGGGGCUGCUCCACUGGGCGUUGAUAGCCAGCACCCCCUACCACUGGAUCCCAGCGUAUAACUGGGUGAUGUUUGUGGCUGUCACUCUGUGGAUCUUCACCAUCGUCCUCUUUUGCUUAUUCCUGUUUGGACAACAGCGGUUAAUUGUUUGGAACCGACCCCUGGUGGUGAUGGUGUAUUACGGAGUAGCUUCAGUCCUCUAUCUGUCCGCCUUCUUGGCCAACGCAGCAUCUGUGCACCCCUAUUACUCCUCCAUCUACUACGGCCAUUUUGCAGCUGCUGCUUUCUUUAGUGCUGUGGUGACGAUAGUGUACGGUGCCAGUACUUUCUUCAGCUAUUUGGAAUGGAGGCAAGAUGGAGGAAACGCUGCCACCAACACAGUACCGGCCUAGGAUUACAACCUGUCAUUCUGAUACUCCCUGUUUUAUUUCCUUUAAAAUACUAAAGUUAUUCCAGACAGAUGUCAUAGUCACUAGAUGUUUACCUCUCCAUUAUGAAAAAAAAAUGUUCAAGAACACUGGAUUAUCUUCAUAUAAUGUACUGUAUCACUGGUGAACUGCACUGAGACCUCAAAUUCAGACAUUCCUGAAAUAAUAUUUUUAAUAAUGCUAUUGUAAAUAUACAAAUAAAGAUGAACACUCCUUAGACUGUUUGGUAAUACCACAGGGAAGUUAAAUACUUACUCACAGCUUCAGGUUUGUGUGUAGGAUUUAGGGGGACCUAUUAGCAGCAAUAACUGUGGGCCUUUCUCAAUCUGCACUCUGUUCUGUUUUGUGUUCUCCUGGUCAUCUUUGUGGCCCAAUACACAAGUUGGCAUUUCUGUUUUGCAAGAGAGCGAGAGAGGUAGCAGCACAUAACAGACACAAAACAGAAGAACAGACAAUGUUACAAUAUAAAACAUCCCAACAAACAGAGUGCAGUACAAUACCAAUUAUCAAAAAUAUCAGUUUACAGAUGCCCCAAUGAUUGUAAUGAUGACUGUAUUCAGUUGGUUACAAACCAAUAUUAAUGCAAGAAGCCACCAAAUCUCAGACGUUGCUCCCUUAAACCAACAUGUUGGGAAAUUCACCAAAUUUGCCUUCUUGCCAGGAGUUACAUAUAUUCAUAUCAUAGCCCAUGUCUUUAUGAUAAACAUAAAGCUACAGUAGGUCUGUUAGCUUAGCGUAGCAGAAAGAAAUGGCUAGCCUGGCUCUGUCAGAAAGUAACAGAUUCUCCUCAGCAGCACCUCUAAAGCUCAUUGUGUCAUCUACCUGUUUCUCCACCUAUAAUCAUUAUGCUAAGCUAUGCUAACUGGUUGCCUGUUGUAGCUUCAUACUUAACAUACAGACAUCAAGUGUGGUGUCAAUCUAUUCACCCAACUCUUAGCAAGAAAGCAGAUAAGCUUAUUUGCCAAAAUGUCUUAUAAGUAAUGUCACUCAGAGUAUGGAGAUGAGGACUUUAAGGAAAAAAGAAGUUACAUUCUCAUACUCAUAACAAAUCUUGAUAAUAAUACAACAUGUUACAUACUUUGGGAAAGCAUAUUAUCCUGCAGAAAUCUUAUGUGAUUUUCUCUCCUGGGUGCCCAGGCUAUCAUUGAACCUUACAUUUUCCAUAGACAGAGCCAAAACACUGAUAAUGAAUAGAAAAAUAAAUAAAACUGACUCUUUUAAUAAUGUAUGUUAUAAAAAUGCAUGAUUUCUGCAGGACAUUAAUGACUCUUUAAUAAUUCAAAAAUUGUUUCAGGAAGGAUUGAUCGGUCUGUGGAAAGUGUUCAACAUAUUUCUUUGAUUUAUAUGAUAUAGUGCUUAACUCCUGUUGUAUGUGCCUUUAUGAAAUAUGCUGUCUUUUUGUACCAAGAAUUUGAAUACUAGUGAAAUCCUGUGAUGAUUGUUGCGGCUCAAGCAUGCACUUGUUCG